UAUCACCAGGUUCGGGGUAAAGUCCAGCUGCUGGGUCAGAUACAAGCCGCACUAACAUUAUCACUAUUUGUUACAACAAAACACCUUCUGAAAAAAACAAGGCUGUGAGAAGAGACAACAAGAGAACGACGAACAUGGAUACAACGUCUUCAUUUAUCAAAUCUGUGACCAAGCGAGUGUGGUCUCCACUGCAACGUCCCUUCAGAGUGUGUUGUCAAAACAGGGAGACCAGGAAGGGUAUCACAGCAGGGACCCUGGAGGAGCUGAAAGAGAGGGUAUGCCAGGCCUUGCUGCUGUCCCUGUCUGCCUUGUCUCUGUCUCUGGUCUGUGAGGAGGACGGUACAGAGGUAGACUCCAACGAGUUCCUCAUGACCCUGCCUGACAACACCAUGCUCAUGGCCCUGGAGCCUGGACAAACAUGGAGACCUCAGGCGGGUGCAGUUGUGUUCAAAUCUAAAGACCACGACAAGCCUCGGACCGGGAAAGACAUCGCUCGUGUCACCUUUGACCUCUACAGGAUGAACCCAAAGGAUGUGUUUGGUUCCCUGAGUGUGAAGGCUACAUUUCAAGGCCUGUACUCUGUGAGCGCCAACUUCCAGUGUCUGGGGCCCAAGAAAGUCCUCAGAGAAGCCCUGCGUGUAGCCUCCUCCCUCCUAAAUGCUGUUGGACACCUGCUUAUCACGUCCGCCUCCAUGAUCCGCCGCAUCAUCGAAGGCGCUGACCUUUGGCAGCCACAGAGGGCAGAGUACACAGCCAACUGGAACUGAAGGGGCCAAGAGAAAACUGUUCAGCUGUAACAUCUGAAAUCAUUGUCGACUUAAAGGGUUACUAUGGUUUG